ACUUGAGCUGCAGCCGCCUUACUUUGGGCCUUCUACCUUUCUAAUGAGUCGCCUUGGACUGUGGGUAACUCAGGCAGGGGCCAGAGUAAUGGCCGGAAAGGGAGGAAGGAAGGAACCCUGAAAGGCUCACAGGGCCCCAGUACAGUCCACACUAGCGGAGGCCUUCCAGCCUUUGGACCCGAGGUGUCUCUUAGGCGGAGUUUUCUUUUGCCAAGCCUAACAUCCAUUGAUGCCACUGGCUUUUUAUUCUCCACCCCCCCCCCAACUUGGGUUUGGCGAGCGGAAUGAAGCUUGUAUAGCUCAGCUUAGGGCCUGCCAUGUACGCGCAGGGUCCAGGCCAGGAGCUCAACAUACCGAACCACCAACCCUCAAACCCUUUGCCUGGCUGCUUCUUCCCUAAAGGAACAAUGGCAAACUGGGGGUGGGGGUGGCUGCCAUACUCCCUACUCCAGGCGUGAGGGCGUGGGGGUCCCGCUGGCGGCACCUCGCGGCGGCCGGUCUUUGCCCCGCGAGCUCUGCCAAGGACAGCGGCGACUCUGCUCCGGACAGAUUCUGCGUUGAAUUUGACUUUUCGCGGCUGGCCUGGGCUAAACUCGCCUCUCCCGAGGACCCGCAGGAAUUAUUUACAGGGAGCUCGCCAACCAAACACAACCGUCUAAUUUAACCUUUCCAAGUCCUCGUAAAUUUUUACAGCUGGGAGCCACGGCAAAGCCAAACGAAUCUAUCGGGUGUUCGCGACUUCCCACCAGCUUGUGUGGCUUCUGAAACAAUAACUCCUUAUGAAAUAUCAUAAAUAUAGAUUUAAAUACAGUAGAGCGAGAAUGCGAUUUGGCUGUUUUUUUAUGGCUUCAAUUAUUGUCUAAUUUUAUGUGAGGGGCUCGGCAGGCCGCGCUCGCACGCCGGGCCCGCGCCUUCCCGGCGGCGUGAUUAAUUGUGAUAUAAAAUAGUCCCCUUCAGAAGGGGGGGAGGCAGAGCACAGAGGCAAGGCCAGAUUUGAUCUUUUAAUCUUCGUUGGCCACAAUUAAAACAAACCCGAUCGUGGAGUGGCGCGAUCCCUUUGCAUAAAAACAUAUGGCUUUUGCUAUAAAAAUUAUGACUGCAAAACACCGGGCCAUUAAUAGCGUGCGGAGUGAUUUACGCGUUAUUGUUCGCUGCGAGGGCACGUGACGCGCGCGGCCAAUGGGGGCGCGCGCGCCGGCAACUUAUUAGGUGACUGUACUCCCCCCCCUGGUGCCACCAAGUUGUUACAUGAAAUCUGCAGUUUCAUAAUUUCCGUGGGUCGGGCCGGGGCAGCCAGGCGCUGGGCACAGCAAUGGCCACCACUGGGGCCCUGGGCAACUACUACGUGGACUCGUUCCUGCUGGGCGCCGACGCCACGGACGAGCUGAGUGCCGGCCGCUACGCACCCGGGACCCUGGGGCAGCCCCCCAGGCCAGCGGCCGCGCUGGCCGAGCACCCCGACUUCAGCCCCUGCAGCUUCCAGUCCAAGGCGGCGGUGUUCGGGCCCUCGUGGAACCCAGUGCACGCGGCAGGCGCCAACGCUGUGCCCGCGGCCGUGUAUCACCACCACCACCCCUACGUGCACCCCCAGGCGCCCGUGGCGACGGCAGCGCCAGACGGCAGGUACAUGCGUUCCUGGCUGGAGCCCACGCCCGGUGCGCUCUCCUUCGCGGGCUUGCCCUCCAGCCGGCCUUACGGCAUUAAACCUGAACCGCUGUCGGCCAGAAGGGGUGACUGUCCCACGCUUGACACUCACACUUUGUCCCUGACUGACUAUGCUUGUGGUUCUCCUCCAGUUGAUAGAGAAAAACAACCCAGCGAAGGCGCCUUCUCCGAAAACAAUGCUGAGAAUGAGAGCAGCGGAGACAAGCCCCCCAUCGAUCCCAAUAACCCGGCAGCCAACUGGCUUCACGCUCGCUCCACACGGAAGAAGCGCUGCCCCUAUACAAAACACCAGACGCUGGAACUGGAAAAAGAGUUUCUGUUCAACAUGUACCUCACCAGGGACCGCAGGUACGAAGUGGCCCGGCUGCUCAACCUCACGGAGAGGCAGGUCAAGAUCUGGUUCCAGAAUCGCAGGAUGAAAAUGAAGAAAAUCAACAAGGAUCGAGCAAAAGACGAGUGAUGCCAUUCAGGUUUAUUUAGAACAGAGAGCGAGGUAGAGAGAAAGAGAACUGCCCGUUCACUUCUCUCUUCUCUCACCCCUACCCCAGUCUCUAUCAUCCCGGCACAAAGCGGCUCUCGGCUUUAAACCCCAGGCCACAUCUCUCCCCAGACAAGCGAUGCUCAGGCUGGGUGGAGGAGGUAUUGUAAGCUUUCCAUUUUCUUAAAGACAGAAAAAAAAAAAAAGAAAGAAAGAAAAGAAAAGUAGGGGGCAUUAGUGCUCAUAGUUGUGUGUGCUAGCUUGUAUAUAUUUUUUAAAAAAUCUACCUGUUCCUGACUUAAAACAAAAGGAAAAAAACUACCUUUUUGUAAUGCACAAUGUUGACAGUGGGUUGUAUAGUUUUUAGUCUGUGUAGUUAAUUUAAUUUGCUCUUUGUGUGGCAGAUUGCUCUGCCAAGAUACUUGAAUACUGUGUUUUAUUGUGGUAAUUAUGUUUUGUGACUCAAACUUCUGUGGGUGAUGCACCCGUUGUGAUUGUAGAAGCUAGAAUUGAAUUCGAACUCAGGUUGUUUAUGAAAGGGAAACAGUUGCAUAGAGUAUAGCUCUGUAGUGGAAUACUUCUGUAUAACUAGGCUGUUAACCUAUGAUUGUAACUAGCUGUAAGGAUUUCCCAGUGAAAUAAAAAAGACUUUUUAAAAACUAUUCUCGGGGAUGCAUAGAUUCAUGGUUUUCUUCACUUUUGAAAUGUGGGCAUUUUAGUCUCUACAUGAUGUCUUGUCCAUUGUAUAUACAAUCUAUGUUUAUAAGUACAUAAUCAGAUAAGCUUGAAUACUGUUUUUGCACCAGACAGUGAAGAAAUUUGGAGCUAUACAUAUUUGCAGAAGGUUACUACCUAUGGUUUAUGCAUAAUUUUAAUUGGGGAAAUGAAUGCUAUUGUAACGGAGUUAAUGUUAUUGCUAAUAAAUUAAACACUAUGAAACCGCCAUUGGGCUACUGUAGAUUUGUAUCCUUGAUGAAUCUGGGGUUUCCAUUGGGCUGAGCAUACACUGUAUAUUUUACAAUAGUUACCUCAAGGCCUACUGACCAAAUUGUUGUGUUGAGAUGAUAUUUAACUUUUUGCCAAAUAAAAGUAUAUUGAUUCUUUUCUAA